AACCGGAAGUUUGAUAAUCUGAGUGUGGGUGACUCGACAUCAAACUUUGCCCUCUCUAGUUCUGGAAGUGGAAGAAGUUGAGUCUCCUCAGUCAUCCGCCGGCGCCGCCUCCUCUCCGCUCGCUGCGGAGGACAGAGGACAGAAUCUUCUGCAAGGGGACACGGGGAAGGGCUAUAGAGAGGAGUCUAAACCUUCCAGUGCGGCUGAACCUCUUGGGAUAUCCGUCCAGGUUUUUUUCCACUCCUAUAAGGACUCGUCCAGGAUCCCUCACCACUCACUGAUCACCACACUGUAGAGGCUGCUAUGUCUGAACCCACGGAUCUUUCAGCAGCCAUGGCCCAACAGAGUGCUGAGCUGUCCCACUGCUAGGCAACGGGGCAUCCGAGAGGGCAGAAGACAUGUUGGGACAGAGGCCCGGGGACCACUGCACUGAAUUCUGUUACUAUAGCAACUACUGUAGUAACCAUGGAAAUGCUAUGGAGGACUGGUCUGGUCUGCACUGCCAUUGUCGUCAUGGUUGCCAAAGAGGUCGAAGAAGGUCACAGAGAUGAGUUUGUCCAGUCUCAAGCUGCUUUCCUGUCCAGUCUAGGCCAGUAUGAGAUUGCCAUCCCAUUACGUGUAGGACCCAAUGGCCAGGUGCUGGAUGCAGAAAUGCCACAACACCACAGAAGGAAACGCAGCACUGAAGAAAGACUGCCGGACUCUCUCUUCUACCAGCUGUCCACGUCACGUAAUAACUUCCUGCUGAACCUAACGCUGCAGGGAGGCCUGCUGUCCCGGCUGUUCAGAGUGGAAUACUGGAAGAAAGGCAGAUUGGCCUGGAGUCAUCCUUACUCUCCCCACUGCCACUAUGUUGGACACCUCCAAGAUCAACCGCACUCCAGCAAAGUGGCCUUGAGCAACUGUAACGGCCUGCAGGGGGUGAUUGUUGCAGGGGGAGAGGAGUACCUGAUUGAACCCCUUGUCUCACCAGAUAACCAGACCAAGCAGGAGAGGGGGGAGAGAGCAGAGGGGCGCCCCCAUGUGGUUUACAAGCGGUCGUCGCUUCGCCAUCAGUACAAGGGCCAAUCCUGCGGAGUCAUUGAUGAGAAGCCGAUGAAAGGCGCGUCAUGGUGGCAGCGAACUCUGAAGACGCCUCCUCAUCAUGCUGGGCGAGGCCAGCUGCCUCUGAAGCGCUCAGUUAGCCGGGAGCGCUACGUGGAGACGCUGGUGGUAGCCGACAAGAUGAUGGUUGGUUACCAUGGUCGCAGGGACAUCGAGCAGUACAUCCUGGCUGUCAUGAAUAUUGUUGCCAAACUGUUCCAGGAUUCUAGCCUGGGGAAUGCAGUCAACAUUGUGGUGACACGGCUCAUCCUGCUAAUGGAAGACCAGCCAACACUAGAGAUCAACCACCAUGCAGGGAAGUCUUUAGACAGCUUCUGUAAGUGGCAGAAAAACAUCCAGCACCGCAGCAGUUACGGUAACGCCAUACCAGACAACGGGAUCGCUCACCAUGACACUGCUGUGCUUAUUACCAGAUACGACAUCUGUAUUCAAAAGAACAAGCCCUGUGAAACUCUAGGUCUGGCUCCUGUAGGAGGAAUGUGUGAGCCAGAGAGGAGCUGCAGCAUCAAUGAGGACAUUGGCCUGGGAACAGCCUUCACUAUUGCCCACGAGAUAGGACACACGUUUGGGAUGAACCAUGACGGGAUGGGAAACGCCUGCGGGCCCCGCAGCCAGGAGACCGCCAAGCUGAUGGCUGACCACAUCACCAUGAAGACAAACCCAUUCAUCUGGUCCGCCUGUAGCCGGGAUUACAUCACCAGCUUCCUGGACUCAGGUAUGGGCUCCUGUCUGAACAACAUCCCCCCCAAGCAAGAGUUUGUGUACCCCACCACAGCGCCGGGUCAGGCCUACGAUGCAGACGAACAGUGCCGCUUCCAGUACGGCGUUAGAUCUCGACAAUGUAAAUAUGCGGAAGUCUGCAGUGAACUUUGGUGCAUGAGCAAGAGCAACCGUUGUAUCACCAGCAGCAUUCCCGCUGCAGAGGGAACCAUCUGUCAGACCAACACCAUAGAGAAAGGGUGGUGCUAUAAGAGGGUGUGUGUGGUGUACGGGACUCGUCCAGAGGGCGUGGACGGGGGCUGGGGUCUGUGGUCACCCUGGGAGGAGUGUAGCAGGACCUGUGGAGGAGGAGUCUCCUCAUCUAUCAGACACUGUGACAGCCCCAGGCCAACUAUUGGUGGAAAGUAUUGUUUGGGGGAGAGAAAGCGCUUCAGGUCCUGCAAUAUUGAUGUGAGUAUAUCUGCUCCUCAUUGUCAUCAACAUCGUGGGGUGAAGCCUUGUUCCCUCAACUGUCUGGCAGAAGGAUACAACUUCUACACAGAGCGUUCUCCAGCCGUGGUGGAUGGCACACUUUGCCGAGAUGACUCUCUCGAUGUGUGUGUAAAUGGAGAGUGUAAGCACGUAGGCUGUGACAGAGUCCUCGGCUCAGAUGUACGCGAGGACCGCUGCCGGAUAUGUGGGGGUGACGGGAGCAGGUGUAUGUCUGUGGAGGGACUCUUCAAUGACUCGCUGCCUGAAGGAGGUUAUGAAGAAGUGGUCAGAAUUCCCAAAGGAUCAGUGUUCAUCCACAUACAGGAGCUCAACAUAUCCCUCAACUACCUGGUGCUGAAGAGUAAAGGGGACCAGUACUUUAUCAACGGGAAGCUGACCAUUGACACGCCACGCAGGUUUGAUGUUGCAGGUACCACCUUCCACUACAGGCGGCCCACUGAUGGACCAGAAACUCUUGAAGCUCUGGGGCCAACAAACAUAACCUUAACUAUCAUGGUGCUUGUGCGGGAGGAGAACCCAGGGAUCCACUAUCGCUUCAACCCCCCACUGAACAAGGAACCUCUGACGGGCUUUGCCUGGCACUACAACUCCUGGUCACGCUGCUCAGCUCUCUGCGCUGGAGGUGUGCAGACACAGCAGGUGGUUUGUAGGAAGCAGGCAGAUCAUUCAGUCAUCUACAACCACUUCUGUGACAAGAAAAACAAACCCAAAGAGAAGAGGAGAACCUGCAAUACUGAGCCGUGCUCUCCGUCCUGGUGGACAGGAGAAUGGUCAGAGUGCAGUCGCAGCUGUAAUGGCGGCCUGCGGACACGGGAGGUGUUAUGUAAAAGGAGGAUCUCUGUGACGGAGGAGAAGGUCCUGGACGACUCAGCAUGUACAACCCAACGCCCUUCCCCCACUGAGCCCUGCAGAAACCAAAGCUGCCCCCCUGAGUGGCUGGCCCUAGACUGGUCCGAGUGUACGCCCAGCUGUGGUCCUGGCUACAGGCACCGUGUGGUCUUGUGUAAGAGCGGGGAGAGCGGUGACAACCUACCAGAGUCCAAGUGCCCUAAACAUGGCCGGCCCACCUCCAGGGUACGCUGUAACCUGCAGCGCUGCCCUCCCCCUCAGUGGGUGACGGGUCCCUGGGGAGAGUGUUCUGCCAAGUGUGGUCUGGGUCAGGAGAUGCGUUCGGUGCAGUGUCUGACCCCCUCCCGCCAGCCAUCCAACGAGUGUCUUGAACAUCAGAGGCCAGCAGGGAUGCAGCAGUGCAAGAGCAAAUGUGACCUCAAUCUGCCCAUCAGUACAGACAACCCUGAAGGCCAAAUGCCGGGAGGAUUUAUGUCAUUCCAUACAAGUCGUAUAAGUCUGAGCAAUAAAGAGUGUAAAGAUGUGAACACUGUGGCCUACUGCCCCCUGGUGCUUAGGUUCAAGUUCUGCAGCAGGCCAUAUUUCAGACAAAUGUGCUGCAAGACCUGCCAGGGCCACUGACCUGACAACGUGAAGCUCACAGCGUCCGCUCUCUGGGUCCUGUACACACUCACAGUAACCCUGAACCCCUCCCACUGAGCCUUGUAACAGCAGCCCUCCCACUACCUCUAUCAGAGGGGUGAGAGAUCGAGCUGGAAUGCUGUCGGACUGACACCUGGUCCUGUUACUGUUAAAGAGGGACCAAUUUUCCAGCCAGGAUCCAGCACAAACCAGACGCCUCUCCGGGCCAAGCUGGGCCAUAACAGCCUGAGCUGAGUUUUACAUUCCACUGGAGGGAGGGCUGCAGAAACCUGGAGAGACAGAGAGAGGGAGAGAGUAACUUCCCUCCAUCUUUCUAAUGAUCCCUUUGUUGUAAUAUUUUGGUGCUACUAUAUUUCUCUUUGGCUGCAGGGCUGGUCGCAGUACUCUCUUAAACCUGUAUGUGAACAGGUGAUAUUUGUUUAGUUGCGAAUUUAAAAAAUCCACUUUGUAAAACAAAUGAUAUGCCAGAAAUCUUCGCCCAUGAAAAGGAAUAUCUCAUGCUAUAAAAUGAAAGAUUUGUUUCUAUGUUAUCUAAUAGUUGUUACUUGACCACAUUGUUUUUAUGCCAUUGCUUUGUUCCGUAUCAACAUAUUCAUGAAGUCCUCGCUGUUAUUCAGCUGAAGUAUGAGCAGAGUUUGAUUUGCACAAAGUGUCAGCAGUCUGAGGUCUUGUGUGUCUUAUGUUUGUGUUGAUUUGACUUGAUGUCUCUAUGGAAUCUAUAAAUGUCUCACUGUAGUGAACCUGCCUUAUUCUUGCCAUUUCGGUUAGUUUGCUUAAAUGUUAUCACCUCUGCAGUAAAACAGAGCUUCAAGCUUCACAAGACACAUGAAGACACUUGGUGAUGUGAGCAAAGCCAGUGCUGACUAACCAGGACAUUUUUAGAUUGUAGGAUUGCUUUUUGUGUCUGCGGCAGCUCGGCUCAGUGUCAUUAUCUGAAAAUCCCUCAGCACAGGGCCUUUUUUUUGUUUUGUUUUGUUUUUUUUAUGGGGGGGGGGGGGGGGGGGGGGGGGGGGGUUGUCACAUGUUACCACUCAAUCUACAGUGCUAGUAACUUUUACUAUGACUGGAAACACUGUGCACAGUGAGACACAGUUGAGUCAGCUUUGCCAGCAGGAAUAGGGCCAGUGAAGAGGAGUGAAGAACAGCAUUUUAUAGAUUUCAUAGUAAGAGUGCUAAUCUGAGGAUGGAUUUACACACCCAUAAAAUAUCUCAUUUCUUUGUGGCACAGAUCUGAUGUAUUCAGUCAGAAAUCAUCAUUAAGCCUGCUGUGGAAAGAUUUCUGACACAGAUUAUUCAAGAUUAUUAAACAGAUUAUUAAACUAGAAAAUUGUCAUUUAAACUAAUCUGCCAGUGUGAUAAUAGCUGAUUUUGUUUGAACAUGUAGUUGCUGAGUGGUUGCAACAUUCAUUUGGAGUCAUGUUUGUGUCCACCUGAUGAAUAUAAGUCAAUAUUCACUCUGUUUGAGCUUUGUUUUGGUCUCUACCAACUCCUGAUAGAAAUAUCGGUCUCUUUAGCUGCUAAAUGCUACACUAUGUUCAAUUACUAUUCUCUGGUUGCUGUUUGCUGCUAAGCAGGUAGUGUACAGUGAUUUUUCUUAGAAAACAGCUGCUUGCUGCAAUUGAAAAUGACUCAAUGAGAGUAAACCAAAAACUGUAAAGUUGUGGGCUGAACAGCUAAACAAUUACAAACUUACUAUGAAGCACCAAAAAUUCAAGGGGAGCUGCAAAUUCAGGUGAUAAUUCUCUUCAAGUUCAUCACUAUGAGGAACCCCUUUCACAUUCUCAUUUCAGACAUUGGUAUUAUAUAAAUAUUGACUAUAGUUGCUUUUAUGAAUCAACACAGUCCGCGUAAAGCUGUGUGCUGGAUUCUCAAAAAGCCCAAAACCGCUGUACAAACCAAUGUCAACUAUUGCCCUAAAGAUAGUGAUGGGAUAUGUCACCCUAAAGGUCACAGAUUUCCAUUCAUUGAACAGGAAACGUGCAUUUGUGUAGCGCUGAUUUUAUUGAAGAUUUUUUUAAUGACACAUAUUUUUUAAAUAGCUGUUUCAGCUGUUUCCCAAUCCUGAAUACUUUUAGAAAUAGCCUCAGAGGCUCAACAGAUCAGUCAUCACUAUGGCGUCCACUGUGUUCUGUUGUGGCCGGUGACUUCACAAACGUUCACACUGAACACUGCUAGAAGCAGCUCUGUGUAACACUACAUGUCACAUCAUUUCAUUGUAAAGAGACAAAACUACAGUUAGUCUUUUUGGGGAUAAACUGCAAUGUGUUUUGUUUUGUUUUAUUGUGGUGCUUUGGUUUGGAUUGGUGCUAUUAGUUCACUGUUGUUGUAAAUGUUAUCAUUUUAACAGUUGUGCUUUUAAUUAUUCAGAAAGGAAUUUGAGCCUGUUGUAACAAUACAAAUCUGCAGAGCAGGACCCCUCACCCACAAGCCAUCAUCUUUGGGUUCCUUUGUUCAUUUCUAUCAGAAUAUAAGCUUUUAAUGUACACUCCCUGACCUGGUUAAUAUGGCCAGUAGUGCCUCAAAAUCACCAUCCACUUUUUAGAAUUAUGUCAAAUACCAUAGCAAAUUCUGAAGGGGCACUGUACAGAUAUUGAUAUUUCCCAGUGCUCUAAACAUCUUAAACAUUUUUGGAUUGUAAAAAUAAUUUUAUUUGGGCAGCAUAAACAAAUAUUUAGGUUUUGGGAACGCCUUAACAAAUGUUCGGUACUCAGAUAGUGUGAGGGUCUCAAACAGACUGCCAAUCCAUCCACGUGGGGCAUAGAAACGUUAUUUAAUUUAAAGUUUUUGUGCGGUGUAUGCCAUCAGUGUUAGGCUAACUUCACCCCUGCAGUUUUUCAUGAUUGAACAUGUUGAAACACUUUUUGUAUCAUUUAUCAGUUGCACAUAAAGUUUCAGAUAAUAGUUCUUGUUUUAGUGUCUGAAAAACAUUUUAUUUUCUCUAUAUCUACCUGUGCCUAUAAUAAAGGUUCACACUGAGAAGUGAGCCUGUUUUAUCUGAGUAAAUAAGAGGGACAGUACCGGUAAUUGUUGUUUUGUUUUGUCACAUGAUAAUUAUAACAUGACAUGUACUGUAUGUUGUUCAAUAUACUAUAGAAAAUGAAUCUGUUUGUCCCACAUGUACAUCUUUUUAAAAGGAAAUAUUAAAUUGAUUAAACAUGA